AACUUGGCAAGCAGCAAAACUUGACAGCAGGCGCGGCCAUUUUGACAAAGGUGCACAUUUCCGUGCUGGAAAGGGAGUCGUCCUUUAGGGAGUGCAAAGCAGGGGGAACCGUCUCAGGAAGUGCUUAUGAAGAACAAUAUAGGGCUUGGAGAAGCCAAAGUAGUAUGACAAAGGCAGCAUGCCUCACUGUGGGCACAGAGUAAGAGUAAACUAAUUUAGUUUAAGGAAAAGAUCUCUUCCUGACAGGAUUGCUGGUGGCCCUUCGGUGACAUCUCCCGGUGAAAGGUGACAGGGUAGGUAGAGCUAGUAGUGAGGGAGAGGUAACGGUAUUGGCCAAGGUAGAGGGUGGCGAAAUGCUAGGAAUAGAAGACUAGAAAUUGUUGGUAGAAAUUAAUUAACAGGCUUUACCUCAAUUCAAAUGUUUUCACAUUUAAUUUUUAGUGAAGUUAUUGUAAUUGGAAUUGAGUCAAAGAGAAUGUAAAAGUUUAAUUGGGUAGAUAAUUCCAGAUUGUUGUCCAAAACUGUCCUAUUAAUGACACAUUUUACUGGCUGCUUCCCUUCUUGAAGGACUAUAUCCUAAAACUAAUAGCUAAUUUUUAGUAAGUGUAUACACAUUUUUUGAACAGAAAACUAUUUCAGGCAUAAUAAUUAGAUUAUCUUGGUACUCUGAAAGCUAUAGAUGGUGAUCCUAAACAUUACCCUCACUUCCCAUAUGGGGGGGGGGAGGCCAAAUGUAUCAGAAUGUCUGUUUCCUCAACACCUCAUCAAUCUUUUAAAUUGUGCCCAUUUUAAGGGUGGGGUGCCUGGAUGGCUCAGUCGGUUGGGUGUCCAACUUUGGCUCAGGUCACGAUCUCACCUUUUGUGGGUUCGAGCCCCGUGUCCAGCUCUGUGCUGACAGCUCAGUGCCUGGAGCCUGCUUCAGAUUCUGUGUCUCCCUCUCUCUCUGACCCUCCCCACUCACAUUCAUUCUCUCUCUCUCUCUCUCUCUCUCUCUCUCAAAAAUAAACAUUAAAAAAUUUUUUAAAAUCUUAUUCUAGUUUAUUUUAUAAAUUGUCUACUUCCAUUUCCCUCAGUAUUUUAAAUUGGUUACCUUUUUCUUAAUCAUAUUGGGGGCAUUUAUACCUAUUAAUUCUACCCCCAUUCUCUUGUAUUUACAGACACCUAUAUUGUUUCUCAUUUGGAGCUAUUUGAAUAAAGGUGCUAUGAACAUUCUUGUGUAAAUCUUCCUGAAGAUACACCAUUUCAGCAUUGUUGAGUAGAUAUCUAGGAGUGGAACUGCUGCUCUCAUAUGGUUCUCAGUUUUAUUUUGUAAUACUCUUGAGCUUAGGAGUUAGUUUUGAAAGCAUUUUUAGUCUUUUAAAGAUUCCUGAUAUCUUAAGUAAGAUGGAUAUGCUUCUAAUGGAUUUAUUUGGGGGCAUGAUUUAUCAUGAAGGACACUUCAAAACACUCUCCCGCAAAUACAGUCUUCUGCCAUAGGCAUUUCCUUUUCCUCAUUCUUCCAAUCGAGUUGUAUGUAUUUUUGUCAUGUUUACUUAUUUAUUUAUUUAUUUAUUUGGAGAGAGCGAGUGAGCACAAGCAGGGGAGGGGCAGAGAGAGGAGAGAGAGAACCCCAAACAGGCUCAGCACCAUUAGUGCAGAGUCCAGUGCAGGGCUUGAACUCACACACCCGGAGAUCAUGACCUGAGCUGAGAUCAAGAGUUAGAUGCUUAACCAACUGAGACACCCAGGCACCCCCAAGUUACAUGUCAAUUUUGGUUGGAUUAGAUUGGUGUUUAUGAUAACUAUGUAAAUACUACUUAUAGCUCAGCCAUGUAGUAUACUAUGAUUAUUUUUCCUUUCUUGCACAAUUUUUUAUUCUCCCUGGAGUUGCCUUAUUCCUUCCUUCCAGAAGUUCUGGCCUUUGGUUCUCAGAGAACCAAUGGUCCUUGUCACUGGCUCCACAGCAGGAUGGGGAGCCUGCUACCACAUGUAACUUGCCAUCUGGACAUUGGCUGGAGACUGCUCUCCUCACCUUUACUGGGCGGUAAUUGUGUUCUUGGGGGCUCACAUCUGGGAUCCAGAGACUGUGUUUCCACUUCCUUUGUCACCAGGGUGCGAACCUUGGAGCUCCAGGAGAAGUGACCUUGCUUAGCGUCAGUGGACCGCUUGGCUAGGAUGCACAAUGGAACCCAGUGAGGCCCAGGAACCAGCUCAGGGAGCGCCGCCCAUCAGACUGGAAUCGCUGACACUGGAGGAUGUGGCUGUGGACUUCACCCAGGAGGAGUGGCGGCUCCUGGCCCCCGCCCAGAAGGACCUGUACUGGGACGUGAUGCUGGAGAACUUCAGGAACCUGGUGUCAGUGGGGCAUCAAGCCAACAAACCAGACGCGCUCUCCAAGCUGGAACGAGGGGAAGAACCGUGGGCGAUAGAAGAGGAAGUCCGCAGUGGAACCAGUCCAGAAGCUGAAGUUGAUGAUCACCUACGGUGACACUUGCAUGGCUGGAGAUGCCUAAAGACAACUAAAUGCGGAACGAUGCUGUGAACAUGAUGCCUCUGAAAAAUAUUGUCCAUCUGGACCAUCAUUUUCCUUUAAGGCAAAAUUAGGGAAAAACUCUGAAAUCAAAUUUAAAUUCAGUCAGUUAAAGCAGAGGCUAUGAAAUAAAGAACUCCAUGGAGUGUAGUGGAGAUGAGAAAUCCUUUCUCCUUACAAAGUAUGAGCAAAUUCAUACAAAAAUUGCCUGAAAUUGGAAAACCCAUCAGCACUAAGGCUCCCGUUUGUUCAGCAUCAGAGGGCUCACAAAAUUGGGGAAUGCACGUAUGCAGUGAAUGUGGGGAAUCCUUCAUCAGGAAGUCUCAGCUCACUAAACAUGAGAGGAUUCACCGGGGAGAGAAACCCCAUGGAUGCAGUACAUAUGGGAAGGCACAUACCACAAAGUCCAGGUUCACUGGACACGAGAAAAUUCACACAGGAGAGAAACCUAUAGGUGAAUAUGGCAAAGCCUGUUAUAGGAAGUCAGAAGUCAUUAUACACGAGAGAAAUGGAAGAGGAGAAAACCCCAUUGAGGCAGUAAAUGUGGCAGAGCCUUGCUCAUUAAAUGACAUCUCAUUUUACUUCAGAAAACUCAUACCUGAGAGAAACCCUAUGUAUGAUUGUGGAAAGGGCUUCACCCAGAAGAUUAGUUUCAUUGUACAUGAGUGAACUCAUACUGGUGAGAAACCCUGUAUAUGCAGUGAAUGUGGACCAGGCUUCAUCCACAAGGUGAGCCUCUUACAACAUCAGGGAGUUCAUGCAAACAAGGCUUCCUUUGUAUGUAGGGACUGUAGAAAAUCCUGUCCUCAGGGGCACCUGGGUGGCUCAGUCAGUUAAGUGUCCAACUUCGGCUCAGGCAUGAUCUCGUGGUUCGUGAGUUGGAGCCCCGUGUUGGGCUCUGUGCUGACGGCUCCGAGCCUGGAGCCUGUUUCAGAUUCUGUGUCUCCCUCUCUCCCGGCCCCUCCCCACUCACGAUCUAUCUCUCACUCUCUCUCUCUCAAAAAUUAAAAAAAAAAAGAAAAUCCUGUCCUCAGAAGUCAGGUCUCAUUAAACAUCAGAAAACGCACACAGGAAAGAAACCUCAUAAAUGUAGUGAACGUGGGAAAACCAUCAGGAAGCAACAGGUCAUUAUCCAUUAAAGAACUCCUACAGGAGAGAGAGCUGUGAAUGCACUGGGUGUGGGAAAGCUUUUGCCUACAAGUCUUGCCUUAUUAAACAAACAAACAAACAAAAAAACCCCACACAAAGGAGAAACACGUAGAUUUAUAAAAUUGGAAAACCCUUCCACAGAGUCACAGCUUCUUAGAAGUGAAGUCCGAUUAAUUUGGUGAUUGUGCAAAUGCCUUCUGUCGCCUCUCAGACAUUAUUAAAUAUCAGUGGGCUUCUAGCAAAUAGGAACUUAGCCCUUUUGGAACAGCCUCUUGCUAGGUUGCGCCCUCCAGUGUUGGCAGAAAAUUUGCCCAGGGGAACAAAAAUCUUACAAAUGUAGUCAAUGUGAUUGUGCCUUCAGUGGUCAAUGAUUUCACACAUUAUGUCUCAAAAAAACCUAUGGGAAGGAAAUGCAGAGGAGAAAAACAGUGAACAAAAAAUUCCAGGCCAUUAUGUAGUUAAGUGUAUUUUGAGAGAAAUACGAAUGCAGAGACUGGGAAAGCCUGAUAAAUUUCAUUCUCUAUAUUGUUGAUACAGACACAGUCUGAUGUUAGUAACCCUGUCGUUUCUUUGCCUCUUUUGUUUCCUCCCCUAUGUUCAUUUGUUUCUUAAAUUCCACGAGUGACAUCAUAAGGUAUUUGUCUUUUUCUGAGGUAUUUUGCGUAACAUAAUACUCUCUAGCUUCCACAUCAAUUGCUCAGUUUCAUCACCUAAUCUGGAAUGCCUGGGAUCAUAAGUGAAACAAAACACUGCUGUGAGUAUAAAGAGAUAAGGUGGUAUCUGGAUAUUGCUAGGAAUGAAAAUCUUUAUAAUAUAGAGUUGGUUGAUAGGAAAAAGCAGUCUUUGACUAGUGGAGUUUGGGGAACAUAUAAGAUCUGUUCAGUUUCCCUAGGAUAGUGUGGAGGAUUAAUUGAAAAGUGGUUGGUACUCCUUUCAUAGAUUUUCAGGACCUUAUAUUAUGUAAAGUCACCUGAGAAACAGCCUUUCAAUGAAUUGCUGUUCAUUCAGUGAAUAUUUGUGAAGUACCUGCUUUAUACCCAGUAGUAUUCUACCAGCUAAGGACACAGGUGAACAAAAUGUCUUUGCCCUCCUGGAAUGAGUGUUAAGUUAGCUGAAUUAUAUGUAAGUGGUGUAUCUUCACGCUCCAUCUAACAUACUCAGGGUAUGUAAACUCCACAUUAGGUGAAAUGGGACGUGAAAUAAUUGGAUCACGGGUUUUGUGCUUAGAAUGACGUGGAGUUAGAAUGAUCCUAAGUACAUUUUUCCCCAAGGAGAGUAUUUGAAUGGGAGACAAGCAGAGUCCUAUUAAUAAUGUAUAAAUAAUCUGUUAAUGAAUGGAUAAAGAUGUGAUACA